AAGCGCCUUGUUCCAGUUGACGGUGAAUCUAGCAGUGCCGAACCCAGUCGAGCACCCGUGCCAGACGAACCAAUCCCGUCUGUCGAAGAAGAUGGACGCAGCACGACCGAAACUAGCUCAGUGCACUCCCCCACCCCGGCCAUCUCCGUUAGAAACAGCGAGCCGGCACAGGGGUUUCCAGAACACGCCUUUGCCCGCCCUUCUGCAACGCAUGAUGCGGAAACUGAAGAUAUCGGGGACCGUCUGCAACAGCUCCAGCUCCGCAGCUCUACUGGCCCCUCUGCGUCCUUGGCACCGGGAUUGUUAAGUGCGCAGGCCAUCCUUCCCAGCGCCGAAUCAGGGCGUCGAGAGCAGACCCCUCGCCUUUCGCCUGGCACUUUCUCGGCGGCAUCUCAGGGUUCCCGGCGCAGACGUUCAUCCUCAAUGCAUCAGCGACGGUACAAUGUGAGAGAUGAGGCGCCACCGCAAGACCGGUUCCACGAGCCAGCAUUCCAGCAGGGCUUCGUUGAGGCGCAGUCCCUCAUGGGCCGGCUAGCUAGAGUACUCGGGAGCAGCGCUUUGCAUCUCAACCCGGAUUCCACCAUGAAGGCUCUGCGCGACAAAGCCGACGAGCUGGCCAAGUUUCGGUGUCCCCAGUCCCGGAUCGUGGGUCUUGUUGGCGAUUCGGGAGUUGGCAAAAGCAGUUUGCUAAACUCCCUAUUGGACUCCCACAAUCUGGCCCGGACGAGCAACGGCGGAGCGGCUUGCACGUGUGUCGUCACCGAAUAUUACUACCACAAUCGUGCCGAUUUCGUCAUCGACGUGGUCUGGUUCACCCAUGAAGAACUCCAACAGCAGCUCCGCGACCUGGUGCACGCCUAUCGUCGUAACCACUUCCACGCGCAGGAGAUGGAGUCGGAAGACGAGAGACGAGACUGGGCCAAAAGGGCCCAGCUGGCUGAAGACACCUUCAGAGCCAUGUUUACAGACCGCUUUACGACUGCCGUGCUUCGCUCGGACGACUCGGAUGACAACAUCGUCGAAGCGUACUUGAACUGGGCCAUGGACUUGCGUCAUAUUUACGAUGUUUACCGACACACAGUUACGAAUUUGGAGAAAGAGUGCUCUAGCCUGUUGAUGCGGCUUACUUCGGACCGUGAUGGCGCUGAGGGCCCAGGCGUUUGGCCCUAUAUCAAAAAGAUCAGGGUAGGUCUAGAUGCGCACAUCCUCAGCACAGGUCUCGUGCUGGUGGACCUUCCUGGCCUCCGCGACCUAAACAAGGCAAGGCAAAACAUCACGGAGCGCUAUAUCCGUGAGUGCAAUGAGAUCUUCGUGGUGUGUCCCAUUGGACGCGCCACAACCGACGGUGGCGUGCAGUACCUCUUCUGGCUGGCUCGUCAAGCAAGAUUGUCGAAUGUCGGCAUCAUUUGUACCAAAGCCGAUGAUAUCCGCGCCGAUGAAGCCCAAAGAGACUGGGGAGGCGCCCGGGCGACGGAAAUCCAGAGAUUGCGUGGCUCCGUAGCCGAGGCAGAGCAACACCUCGCUGCUCUGAUUGAGCGCCUGGAUGACCUGGAAUAUCUUGAAGAUCCUACCGUGGAGGAGCAGUUACAACAAGCUGACCUGUCUCGGCAACGUGAACGGACAAGGCAUGUUCUCAUUGAAAACCGCAGAUUUGAGCUCCGACGAUACCUGAUCACCACACGCAACAAUACAGUGGCGACCCAACUUCUUGCGCACUACCGAGACAUGAUACCGGGAGGCAACCUGCACGUGUUCUGCGCCAGCAACACACUCUACUGGGACAAUCGUGAAUUAAGGCCGCCGCAGGUCGCUACCACAUUCCUCGAGCUCAGCGGUAUUGUCACCAUACGGAGGUAUUGCAUGAAUCUGGUUUCGGAGAGCCAGCUCCGGAUCGCCACCCGUUAUCUGCGAGACGACAUCCCUAAUCUGCUCAGCAAGGUUGAGCUCUGGGUUCGGACAGGAGCGGGGACUGCCGACGCGGAGAAGAAACGCGUGAUCCGAGAGGCUCUGGACCAGUUUGAGGAUCAGCUCCGGAGUAAAUUCGUCGGUGCUGCAUCACCACUCAACCAACUGGCUCACGAGCUUACAGAUGCUUUUAGCGAAGUUGUGUACCAAAGGCGGCAAAUUCAUCAAUGGACUGAAGGGGCCAUCCAGGCUGGGAAAGUUUGGGCAGGCUGGCCUCACCAAACAUACGCUGCAUUUUGCAGACAUUAUGGAGCCCACAUCACAAAAUUCACGGCAAUAUAUCGCUGCUGGAAUGAAGAAGCGAUGAGGUCAAUGAAUGACGAUCUUGCCGAGCCAUGGAGCCACCUCAAAGAAGAAGUCCAGCGCCGACUUGAGGCCGCUCGUGUGUUUGACUUGGAGACGCUAGAAGGGGCUGUUGCUCGACAUUUUGAAGGCAAUGCGCUCGGCGCCGUUCCCGAAACUGUUGCCCCGCUUCGGACUGCGCUGCAAUCCAGCAAUCGGCUCCAUGUCCGGGCCAUUGAAGACCUUAGCGCAAAAUUUGAAGCAAACCUCAGCAAACUCCGAACCGACGCCCUCUCGGGCUUACGCACCUCGUACUUCGGCCAGAGCAUGGAAUCCACCUAUUGGAGCGCAAUCUGCCAAUCUGGCUCAGGGAGCUGGGGCCGCAAAAAAGACAUCAUCAACGGGACGCUCCGCAACGAAGCGCACUUCAAAAACCUGAUGCAGAAACUGAAGCGCGAGUUCGAGGACCUGGCUUCUCGGUUUGAGGAUGAUGUGCGAAGUGCUGUUGAGGAGCAUUUGGGUGUUACCAAGGGUACGUUGGACAUGGUCAGGAGCGAACAUGUGACGCUUGAGAGUGAGCGUGACCCGGAGUUUAGGGCCCGUGUGGCAGAAGAACUUGGGCAUGUGAAGGAGGGCUUGGAGCAGGUGCAGGCGGUGUGUGAAGUUGUAUGA